CAGAGCGGUCACGUGAGGCAGAGAGCAGGAAUGCCAACAUGGACCCGUGGCAAGGACGGAGCGCGAGCCAUCCGAGGCAGUGAGGCGAGCGAAGAGCCGCAGCUCAGGCCCGCGAAGCGGCACGGAGACGGAGAGGAGGCCCGCCGGCCGCCCGCUCACCGAGCCCCGCGCCCGGGAUCGCACGGUUUUUUUCUGUGAUUCCUCUUCUGGAUUGAGUUUCAUCGAAGCCCCCCCUUCAGCGCUCGGCCCGGAUCAAUGGUGUCUCUCAGCAGCAGGACGCUGAGCUCGGAGAACGACCCGUUCAGGGACGGCAGCAGCCUGUUCUCGCUGGGCUUGGGGGAUGGCGCCCGGAGCGAGGGCGGCAGCUCGGCCUCCUGCGACAGCCCCGAGGCCGGAGAGCUGGGGACCAUGCACAGCUCCAGCCCCGGGCAGGAGGAGGACGAUGAGGAGGAGGAGGAGGAGGAAGAUGAGGGCGAGCGCCUGCAUAUUUUCGUCAGCGACGGGGAUCCUGCCAGCCAGGAUCUGAAGUUACCGGAGUUUUCUUUCCAUUCGUCUUCCCCGUUCUCCCCGACUCUGGAGGACAUCGAGGAGUUCCUGAGGGAGAAGAUGGAACUGGUCAAAGAGGGUCUGCUGGCGCCGAAAGAGGAAGCGUCGCCUCUCCCCUGCAGCUCUGCCGACUCUCCGCCCUGCGCCGCUCUCCAGACUGCUUCCUCAGAGACUCUCCGGGACCCCGGGACUGCUGCCCCCUUUGGCACCUCCAGCCCGGGAACCCCUCAGAAGAAGAGCCCCGCUCAUCCCUCCGCUCACGUGAACCCUUCUCCCUCCGCCGUGACCCCGCCGAUGGUGCUGGGGGGUCCGCUGGUCCUCCAGCUCCAGCCUCUUCCCAUGCCCCAGCCCCCGGCCGCCUCGCCCCCCGCCGCCCCGGGCAGCGGCAUCUGGCUGACUCACCUGGUCAUGGGGCUCCAGGGGGCCACGGGGCAGAACGUGACCCUGCUGGCCCCCCAGGUGUCCUCCGCCCAGACCACCCUACUGUCCCUGAACGGCGGAGACAGCAAGGCGGCCGAUCAGAAGUACGUGAAGAUCGCCCCGCUGCCCAUCACCAUGAGGACUCUAGAGAUCGCCGGGGCGGCGGGGGCCGGCGGCCGCGGCGGCGGGGUGCUGAAGGCCGUGGCUCCCAGAAUGACCAGAGUCCCGCCCACAGAGAGGGUCCACAAGUGCUCCCACCCGGGCUGUGGGAAGAUGUACACCAAAAGCAGCCAUCUGAAGGCCCACUUCCGCCGACACACGGGGGAGAAGCCGUACACCUGCAGCUGGCCCGAGUGCGGCUGGAGGUUCUCCCGAUCGGACGAGCUGUCUCGCCACCGCCGCUCCCACUCGGGCGUCAAACCGUACGAGUGCUCGCUGUGCGAGAAGAAGUUCGCCCGCAGCGACCACUUGUCCAAACACACCAAGGUCCACCGCAGCUCCAGGCCCAGCAGGAUCCUCAGAGCCACCGUGUGACGGCCACGCCCCCCCCGGCGCCGGGCUCCGCCCCCACCGACCCCCUCAGGACUUUUUUUCGGUGCUUCACAAGCAGAACUUUGAGAAGAAUCCUGCUGUUCGCUCCUGCUCUUCCUCCGGUUCCUACCUGUCAGUGUUCCUCCUGAGCCGCCACCUCAGGAAAAGACUACCUGGCUGUAGCGUAGACACACACACACACACACACACACCGCAUCACAUGGCCACACACACUCCGCCGGCCCCCUAACCAAUCAGGCACGACUGGGCGAGAUGAGCAAAUCAGACUUUGGAGAAGAGCUUGCCGGGUUUCUCACCUUCUGCUUUGUGGUUAUUUUAUUGUCCCUGAUUUUCUCCCACGUUUGGUCUCGUGUCAGAAGCUGACUGUUCGUUCACCACUUCAUCUGGACGCAAUGCGUCAAAACGAAGAUCCUCUUGGUGGAUUUUCCAGACUUAUAGAGCCUCCAUAGUCUCUAGAUUUCAGUCGAACAGCACACCUCAGGUAAAGAGGACAAUUUGGUCCCAUUUACGCCAAAACGGUUUCCAGUGAAAACGCAUCGUUUUUGCGUUUUCGUUUCAGUAAAUCUGUGAUGCUGGAACUUCGAUAUGGACCAAAAUCCCUGAGGAGCAUUUUCAACACUAAUGAAAGGAAGUCCAGCCUGGUACUGAAGAGGUGUCCCUGCUGUUUUGGCCAGUGUGUGUACUUUACAGUAUUGUAUAUAUUUGCAGACAUGCUCAUGAACGUAUCAGUAACAGUGGUGUGGUUGGGGUUACACAGUUUGACACGUUAAGUCCAGCCAGCCGACCUCUGACCUCCACCGCGAAGGUCUGAAUUUGCUCAUCUCACCCACGACCUCUGCCCCCUCUCCCUCCAAACCGAACUCCAGACGACAUGAAGCUUGCCCACAUUGUGACUCUUGGUUUUGUCCCGUUGUGCUUGUGCUUGACGGGUGGAUUCUCGGCCGUCGCCUGGGAAACGGCAAGAAACUGGACGAAGCGGUUCGGUCGACUCUUCAUCGUCAGAGGCUUUGAAUCUGAUGAGCAAGCUGAGGAAGACUGUCCAGACCAGCGUCUUAUGCAGCCACCCCAGGCCUUUGGCCGCGUCCGCGCCGACGCGGCUCCUUCAAACCCGUAUGCCUUUCUUUUUAAAUUUUUCUUGGUUCCCGGUCCGGACUCAUUGGAAAGCUCUCAACCGAUGCCUUUUGUUCGCCUGGCGACGCCGCUCUCGGUCUUUCUCCUAAGGAGUGACUGCUCUGGUUUUAAACUGUGAUUCUCACCACGGGGUUGAGUCAAUAAGGAACGGCGUUGCCAAACCAGAAAGCCCAGUCCUCCUGUAACAAUGCAACACUUUGAUCAUAAGCUCUUUCCUCUCUGGAAAACAUUGCGUGGCCUAAAAAAAAAACAAAAAAAAAACCUCGGCUUCGACGGUGAAAACGCUGCUCUUCCUUAUUCACGGUAGCACUUACGGUUUCCUUCUUAGUCGUAACAGCAAGAAAAGCUAAUCCCUCUAAACAGCUGGAAAGGCAGCUAACGUCUAUCCAAACAUCCGUAUUAGCCGCUCACUUUAACCC